UUGGGGCUCAAACGUAAGCAACCCAUAGAUAAUCAAAUGUCCAUAGAUUCAAAUGUCCCCACGCGAAGGGCGCGUCACGCUUUGAAACCCACAGUCUCCACGUUACCGGUGUUUACGAGUCAUGCGAUCUCAUUCAUCAUCUUUAACUCUACACCAUUUCUCUUAUUCGGGACUCACUCCACCCCCAAAACGACGCACCUCCCUCCCCGUUUCAUCUCCUCGGUUCUGCGUUCCCGUUACGUCGAGUUUCUACUCUCCUCUCAAGUUACAGAUCAAGCGAUCCAAAAAUGUACAGGACCGAAGGCGGCGAUCCGGAAACGAUGUUGUUAGAGUCAACGCCACCGAUGAUGACUCGGUGGGAAUUUCUUCGUUUGAUGACUGGACCAUUGAAGAGGAUUCGGUGGCAGCUUAUGUGCAUUCGUCAGAUAGCGAUGGGGAUUUGGUAUUAAAUUCUUUGUCUGAUGAGGAUUUGCCACUCGAAGAAGCUCUAGCCAAGGCUUCCCGUCGGAUUGCUUUGCGUGGAAAAGGCCUAAAAAGACACAAGAUAUACCCUGGGAUGAUAAUGAACUUGGCUCUUAUAAUCUUCCUGACAAUGGUUCUUUUACUUGUGGAUUGGUGUGGAUGGAAAAUUGUUAGGCUACCUUUAGCGCCAUUCUACUUGACUUCCCCGUUUUUGAUAUCUUUGAUCUUAGCUUUGUGUGCUGGUUAUGUUGGUAUCCCAUUGCUUAGAAUUUUUAAGUUUUACCAAAUAGUUAAGAAAAUAGGGCCAGAAAAAUAUUUGACAAAGAAGAGGACCCCAACGAUGGGUGGACUUUUUUUUAUACCGGUUGGUAUAGCUGUUGCGAGAUUUGCAACUGGUUUUUCUUCUGCUGAAGUUGGUGCUACUGCAGCAGCAACCUUGGCAUUUGCUACAAUUGGACUUCUUGAUGACGCCUUAGGUUCCACCAAGCAAAAGAGCAAUGGUAUAGAUCCAUUGUUAAGGCUACUUUUGGAGGCAGCUGUUGGGAUUUGGUUUUCAUUUUGGUUGGAUUCUACACGUUUAUCGUCACCCUAUGGCAUGAAAAUGCUGGUUCCUCUACCUGCACCGUUGGGCCUGCUGUGCUUGGGAAAAUUUUACCUAUUGUUGACUCCACUUUGUUUUGUUUCCAUGGGAAAGGGGGUUAACAUAACAGAUGGUCUUGAUGGUCUUGCUGCUGGGACUGCUUCAUUAGCUUUUAUUGGAAUGUCAAUUGCGGUGCUUCCAAUAUGCCCAGAACUUAGUGUAUUCGGGACAGCCAUGGCUGGGGCCUGCAUUGGUUUUCUUUUCCACAACCAGUACAAAGCAGGUGUAAUUAUGGGUGAUACUGGAUCAUCGGCCCUCGGUGGCGCAUUAGCUGCAAUGGCCGCUUGUACUGGAAUGUUCUUUCCCUUAUUCAUUGCAUCUGGUUUGUUUGUUUUGGAAGCAUCAUCAGUUGUUAUGCAGGUGGUAUACUUUAAAGCAACUAAACAGUAUCAUGGAAGCGGGAGUCGAUUGUUUAAAAUGGCACCUUUGCAUCAUCAUCUAGAACUAUGUGGACUCCAAGAGCCAAUGAUUGUUGCUGGUGCAUAUGCUGUUUCCUCUGUGUUGGCUUUAUGUGCUGCUUACAUAGGCCUUAAAUCUGCAUAAUAUCUUUACAUCAUUUUCACCCCAUCUUCAAAUUUUGUUCCCCUUAGUUAUAUUAGUCAUAAAAAGGUGUUAUUUUCUUCCUCUCAA